AUGGCAGACGAUGACUUUAGCAAACUUUUACAACAAGCAGAACAACUUACAACAGAAAUUGAAGGCAAUGAAGAAUUGCCAAGAGUUGAACGAUCUCUAGGCCAGGUUUUAGAAGCCUCACAUGAAUUAUAUUCCAGAGUUAUUCAGUCCGGCGCAAAUGACAUUCAAGCUCAUCUCUUAUUUGGAUCUAAAGGUAUAGAUUUACAACAGAUUUCACAAAAGUUGGAAACAUUGUCAUCUAAGAGAACAUUUGAACCUCUACAACCUAUAGCAGACUCAGAUAUUGAAAGUUUUCUUAAAAAUGAACGAGAAAAUGCCAUAUUGUCCUUAAUAGAUGAAGUUAACAAAAAUUCUUUACAAACUACAGAAGAUCAAAAAUGGGAGCAUAUGUUAUCUGAAUGGAAUAAAGAGAAAAUUAAGUUAAUGAAUGCUAUGAUUGGACCAUCACAAAACUGGCUUGAUUUAAAGCGCACUCCAGAACCCCCAAGUAUUGCAGAUACUCCUAAAAAGUUUGGUCAUUCCAUGCUCGACAGUAUUGAAGCAGCAUAUGCUAGACAAGUUCAACAAUAUAAUAAGCUUGUAUUCCAAGGGGCUAAGUCUAGAACAGCAUUACACCAAAAAUUCUCACAAGUUGUAGAAGAAUUUAAUGACCCUAAAGUGAAAGAAAUGUGGGAAAUAAUUAAAACUAUGGCCAACAUACCUGCACUUGUCAGAGAUGAAGAUCCUCUCAAAGCAAGAGGAAAUGCAACCAUUCAACAUUGUCUUAUUGCACAAGGGAAGAAAUAUUUAGAAAAAAGAUAUAAACAAUACAUGAGUGAUGUAGUUAGAUCAAAUCCAGCAGCAGCUAUGCGUGGUGGUGAACCUGGCACUUUUCCCCUUGUCCGAGGCUUUGUUGGUCUAAGACUUCAGACUCAAAACAUUCAAGGUCUUACUGAUGGAGUGAUUGAGGAUCGUCCUUUGUGGCCCAUGGUUUAUUAUUGUUUGAGAAGUGGGGAUCCUAAUGCAGCAUUGCAUUGCUUGAAGAAAGCUGGCCGGGACCAUGAAGAAUUUAUUGCAGCUUUAGAAGAGCACAUUAGAGACCCAGAAAAGGCCCUAAGUGACAAAUUGCAAACAGCGAUCAACUUUCAAUAUAGGAUUCAAGUCCGUAAUUCUACAGACCCAUACAAAAGAGCUGUCUAUUGUGUAGUGGGUUGUUGUGAUGUUAGUGACGAACAUUCCGAAGUGGCGCGCACUGCUGAUGACUAUCUCUGGCUGAAAUUGUCCAUUAUAAAAACACGAACGAACAAUGAAUCUGAAUCCUUUACAUAUUCAGAUUUACAAAAGAUGAUCUUAGAAGAAUAUGGUGAAACACAUUAUCAUGCAUAUGAGAAACCCCUAGUUUACUUCCAAGUGUUGACUCUGACUGGUCAGUUUGAGCCCGCUAUAGAGUUCCUAUCAAGGAUACCGAGGUACCAAGUGCAUGCCGUCCACAUGGCGCUGGCUCUCCAUGACGUCUACAUGUUAGGAACCCCGCGUAACGUGCAAGCUCCAUUACUUUCUGUGGACACAGAUGAUCCUAUUCCUCUUCGUCGGUUGAACUUAGCGAGACUUAUACUGCUAUAUGUAAGGAAAUUUGAGCUUUCUGAUCCAUCGGACGCCCUGCAUUAUUACUUCUUUUUAAGAAAUCUUAAGGAUCCUAGUGGCAAGAAUCUUUUUAUGUGCUGUUGUACGGACCUUGCUCUCGAGAGUCGUGAUUAUGACUUAUUAUUUGGUGUUUUGGAUCCUAUGACCAAUAUGAGAAGUUCAGGACUUUUAGACCAAUUCAACAAUCCUCAUAUUGAUAGUAAAGUAAUUGCACUAAAUUUGGCUGAGCAACUCGUCAAUAAAGGCCUUUUCGAAGAUGCCAUCAUGGUAUAUGAUAUUGCUGGGAACUUGGAGAAAGUGUUGGAGCUGUUUUGCGUGCUGCUGGCGCAGGUGGUGAACAGCGGCGGCGGCGCGGGCGGGCUGCGCGAGCGCCUGGCCUCGCUGGCGCAGCGCGUGUCGCGGCGGCUGCGCGCCACCGACCUGCCGCUGCCCGCGCCGCUGCUGGAGGCUUACAACAAGCUCUGCAAGCUGAUGACCUUCUUCGAUCAGUUCCAUGCCGAGAAUUACGAGGGUGCUCUUGAGACGGUGCGGUCGUGCGAGCUGGUGCCGCUGAGCGCGGGCGAGGUGGAGGCGCGCGUGGCGGGCGCGCGCGCCGCCCGCGGGGAGCUGCUGCGCGCGCUGCCCGCCGUGCUGCGCGCGCUCUGCCACAUACUGGUCGCGCAACGGCAGAAACUGCGCACCGCACAGCCUACGCUACCAGCACAUACUUCUAAUAAGCAAUUGGAAUGGCUGAGAGAGCAAGCUGAAGUACUGAACACAUUUGCUGGGAAUAUUGCCUAUAGAAUGCCUGGAGAUACUUACAGUCAACUAGCACAGAUGCAAAUACUCAUGCAU